AUGAAGUAUAAGAAGAUAUCGUUCGCAUUGGUGACUAUCGGCCUCAUUUGCACUUAUUUAUGCGAGGGAUCAUUUUCGAUUUUGAGCGAACCACGUCAAAGCUGUGCUGGUUAUGAUGGAAUUGCUAACGCGAUUGCUGCUUUAACGGAAAGUGUUUCAGGACAGACACAGCAAGUGGACCCAUUGCUUGUUCUGCAAUCAAAACUUACCGAUCUGUUAAAAUCGGUCAGAAUUUAUAAGUCGUGUGAUGAUGUCACAGGCCCUCCGGGAUUGUAUAGAGUUCGAGACGGAAUCGUGCCCCGGUAUUUCUUUUGCGAGACGCAAGUGCAGGGUGGAAGAUGGACCGUAAUACAGCGUCGAAUAGAGGGAAAACUCAACUUUACUAGAAGCUUCACUGAAUACACUGGCGGCUUUGGGCAUCCAAACAACGAGUUUUGGAUUGGACUCACGCGUAUCAAUGGCAUCACUUCACAAUCCCAACACGAGUUAAUGAUUUACAUGGAGGCUUUCGACGGUGCCAAUGCGACAGUUCGAUACACCGACUUUAAAAUUGGCAAUCUCAGCGACAACUUUCGUCUCACAUCGCUUGGAAAUUACAGUGGAACCCUCACGGCAAAUUCUUUCUCAACAUCCCUUAACAAAUCGUUUUCUACGUUCGACAAAGACCAAGAUACAUCGAAUACAACUAACUGUGCGAGAGUUUGGGGUGGUGGAUGGUGGUUUAACAAUUGUGGCGACAGCAACUUGAAUGGAUUCUACCGUGGACCCACUCCCACAACAACCCCAAAAACAUCUAUGACGUGGGCUGCCUUCAAGGGAAAUUCGCAACCUCUCAAGGCUUCUAUUAUGAUGAUACGAAAAUUCAUUCCAUAA